AUAUAUAUAUAUAUAUAUAUAUAUAUAUAAUUUCGUGCUUUUUCUUUUGUCAUUUUUUUUUUUUUUUUUAAUUAACAGUCGACGUGUACAAUGCGAUUGAUCGUAUGACAACUAAUCCUCUCGCGUGUCUUUCGUUGGUCGUGUGACCGUUUGUGUACCAGUGUUAACUGUUUUUCUCAGUUUGAAAAUAAAGGUUUACGACUGUACGACGCUUGAGUUUUCUGAACCAGAAUUGUGAUUUCAAGAUUACGUCUACCACGCGGAUUGUUUACGUAUUGUCUACACGAUUGUCCUCUUUUACAUAAGCAAUGUAAACAAUACAGGAUAUUGUGAAUUAUAUUAAAAUACAGAAAGAAGAUAAUUAAAUUCUAAGAGACAGUUAUCGUUUUGAAUAUUACCCAAAGAUAAUCAUAAAUUUAAUGUUAAAAAAAUUAAUUGUAUGAAAUUUUUAUUUUGUUAUGCGAUAUAUUAGUAAAUUUAACUCUAAAGGUUAGAAUAUAACCAGAAAAUAUUCUGUGGAUUCUCUAACUUGUUCAGGAAACAACGUUUAUAAAUUUACAUCAAAUUUCUACAAAUUAAAUAAAAUGAACAUUUCUGAAGUAAUUCAGGGAAAAAGAGGGAUGUUCCCCUAACAUAUAAUCAUUAUAAUUACGGUAUUAUAAUUUAAUAAAUUAUAAUACCGCAUAAACAUUCAACUGUACUCUGAACACGACAUUCCAAUCGAACGAUAUUUUCUUCGACGGCCGAAUAUUAACGUCGCUCAGUCGGAUUAAUCUAAGGUGACUAGAUUUCUCGCCCCGAGACACUUUAUAAACGUGUGGAAGGCAGAAGGAAGAGAGAAAGAGACAUCACUGAAAAUUUUAUAUAUAUACAUACAUAUGAAACAAUAUUUUAUUUAUAGACAUAUAAUAGUUUAUAAUAAAUCUAAUUUAUAAUAAUUAAAUUUAUAGACAUGAAAAAUAAUUUAACGAUAAUGAAGGCCUGUUACAUACAGUAAAAACUAUUGCUAAGAUAAAACUGUUGUUACUUUCUUUUUAAGUUAAGAAGAAAAAACAAAGCUACUAUAUUAUAGAUCUGUGAAUUUUCUUGAGAUCUUUCUUUGUCAGAAGCAUUCAAUAAUUCCUGUGAACCUGGAUAGUUUAACCGAAUCCAGAACAAAUCGGCGUUCCGGAUAAUAUUCAAAAAAAUCCGAAACAGGGUGAAAAACCAGGAUUGUCUCGGUAAAAACGGAACGUCUGAUCACCUUAAUAAUCUACAACAUGACCUGCUUCGUGAUAUAUUUUUUUCCUUUUCACCAAUCGUAACUGGCGUCACUUCUGCGACCUGUAAUAUCCGAUUCCCUCGUUCUCGGAGUGCGUUUUCGUCCUAUCCGCGAAAUCGCCGUGUCGCUCGAAUACGCACGGUGUUAAUGCACUCCGGGAUAUGUAGCAACGCGCAGGCCGUUUCUUCUGCACCGAGACGUUAUUUAUCCUCGCGCGCGAUACGUCACGUUAUGGUAAUCGACGACAGAUGCUCCGCAGCUUCUAAUUAGUGCCGACUUCAUUGUUAGUCAUAGCCAUACUGCAGGGUGGAUAAUUCCUCUCUUCCUCCGUCGUAGUAGCAGCGGGCUACGCGUCCGAUUCAGGUUCCCGGAUUAUUUUCGCGCGACGCGGCCAAAUGUUUUCCCCGUUGCGCGAUCAAGACACCCGUGCGUUGAUACUCCUCGCGAAUAUGCUGUCGCGAUCGGUCCUCGCCGACGAGCUCUCCUCGGCGCACGACAUCGGGUAAGAAAGCGUUACAAUUCAUUAAUUAACGGUAAAUCGUACGGAGGUGCGAUCGAUAGAGCUUGAAGAGAAGACUGAACGAGAGUCUGAGUCGCAGUUCGUUCGGCACGACUAACAACGAACACUCAGUGAUUAUUGGUAGCUGCGCCGAGAUGUCCUCUGCCCGUGACGGUUAUGGAUUUCAUAUAUAAUUUCACUCAAACUGACUUAGAAAUCACAUGGCCAUGCGAGGUGCGCUUCUACUGGCUGUCAUUACAGCCGUUCGUCAAGUUCGUCCGCGUUUUAAUCGGUUACGUGACGCCGUUCAUCAUAAUACUCGUAUGUUGAGCACGCCCGUGCUAUGUGACUCCAAUUUGUCACUUUAUCUAAGGGCGCUCGCUAUUUCGGACAAUGGAGCGUUGAUUUUCAGUUAUGCCGUCAGCGUCGCGAGAUCACACUCCACGUUCGUUAACGAUCUCUUUAUGAAUAGCAGGUUCUUAUGUAGCACGAGUUCCGUGAGCAUGGAGCUCUUUCAAUUCACGUCGACCUGGCUGGUAGUCGCUCUCACGUGGACGCGAGUGAUCGCGGUAACGUUUCCAUUUCGAACUCGUGGUUGUCAGAAUUGCUCGGCGAUUAUAACCAUCGCCACUUUGACCUGCAUAAGUUUCGUGAUAUCCUUAACGAAGUUGUACUCUGGAGGAUACGAAACUGACAGUGUUUUCGAGUUUAUACCAUGUCAAGAGAUGAUACAGCCAUGGGGUAGCGCUAUGUACUUCUACAUAGCUCUGUCUACGUGGCUACCCCUGCUCUUUAUAUUCAUCGGUAACUUGCUGUUGAUUAUUCGCGUGAGGAAAUCCUAUAAAAUUCACAACGAGUUAACUCAUCAUUUCAGGUACAAAAGUAACAGAACGCAUAAUUCCAGCCGGACUUUGCUUGCGGUAUCGAUAGUAUAUUUGAUUCUCUUACUGCCACUCGGAAUCGUGGAAACGUUGGAACUUUAUUGGGAUAUAAUUUUAAUCGAACAUCCCGCCAAAGAUGCGGAAAAAAAUGAGCGAUAUGUACACUGGCUUCAAGAGAAAAUGUUUCUCAAAUGGUGCCGCGGCCUAUUCUUUCACAUAUACCAUUGGAAUUUUGCAAUCAAUUUCUUCCUGUAUUACCUGACGGGGAAGAAAUUCCGGAGUGUCGUGACGCAAACGCUGAAAAAUUACACGAACUCAAAUCUACCGUGCUAUAAAGGUAUCUUGAGAUGUAAUACGUGGAACAAUUGUCACAAACACUUCACGACUGUGCGAUCUACAAGUGUGUUGUUGAUAAGAGCUGUCACGCGAAAUAAUCGAUUUAUCGACGCUAAUGUUGCGCGAGACAACGUCAACGAAAGAAUUAGCACUAAUGUUUAAUUAUAAACAAGCAAAAUACACCGAAAGAUCAAAACUCUUUUACGCAUAUAGCUCGUACUUGUCGUUUAUUGCGUUGAGGACCAAUACAUAUCCAACCUAAUAUGUCUAAUUAUCACUUGUAGAUUAUUGUAUACGAUACAAACAAUAUCUCUUUUGCCUAUUUCUGGAAAUAACUGUUAGAUACAGGAAAUUCUAUUUAUUUUUACUAGUUCGUUUUUGUUUUACUAGUUCGUUUUUGUAUACAUAGAUGUGUACGUGUGUAUGGUAUAGUGCGUGUAUGUGUGUGUGUCUGUGUAAAAUGUUUUUUUUUUUUAUAUUAAACAUUGCAAAAUAUCACAUUGCGUAUUAGGCGUUUCUUGCAUAAUAGCGUAGUUUCUCGAGAGAAUUAAAUAGCACUACUUAUAUGUAAAGUAUCUGUUAUUACAUUUUGGAUAUAA